UUCAAAACAGAGACGCCAAAGAAUUACACGAGAGUUAUGGCGAACACAGGGGGGUGGGGGUUCCUUAGAAUCUGCCAAGAGCUUGUACGGCCGUCCAAAAUCUGCGCCAUCACGUGACCGUAAAUGACAGUUUGCCGUUAGCGAGCGCGACGGACUCUGCCCCAAUGUGGCGUGGCUCGAACGAUCGUUCGAGUGUGUCAAAUGCAAUUGAGAUUUCACGCUAACGAUUUCGGCAAAUAAUAAUCUUUUGUCACGUUCGCAUCCAGGCUCGGAGAGGAUGAGACAAAUAAACGUGACAAAUGUCAAACUUGGAUUAAAAAUGAUGAAAUCUGAUAUGUGCAGUGUUUUAUGUUCAUGCACUUGCAAUUUAUGAGGCUAUAAUACAUUUCUUAAAAUAACUGAAGUGUUACAAUAACGCACUUUUCUGAACAUUUCAUUUCUUUUCAGAUCAAACCAAAUACAGACAGUAAUUCUUUAAAAUAGCUGCGUGCUGCUCCUACACUGAAGCUUUCCUUCUUACCUCGAUCUGAAACGUCAGUUCAAUAAAUUCCACUGCGAAGACUAGACAUUUUAAAAGCGGCGUCCUUCAAACUAUCGUUGAGCAGACUAACAACGUGAACCCGGGCGCAGAGAACUUUGAAAAUAACCGAGCAAUGAAAGACCAAGCAGCCACCGAGUGACAAGCAUGGAGAUGUGUCUAUGUCGCGAAUGCUAUUCACGCGCAGUGGGACGACUCAGCGAUGCUCUAGAGUCCGCAGGCCAGCGUCGCUGUCGCCAGCAUCACGCCGUUCCAUUCUGACGCAGCUCGACCGCUAUGGAGGACACUGAGCGGGAGUCCACCGACACCAUGUCCGCCGACUUUUUGAAGAACUUCUCGGACCCUCUGCUGGACCACGCCAUCGCCAGCAACGACCCGCUCGGCGGACACACGGUGCUCGAGGUGAUCGUCAUCGGCACGCUGACCGGCAUCGUCAGCCUCCUGACCAUCGUGGGUAACAUUCUGGUCAUGGUGGCCUUCAAGGUCAACCGGCAGCUCAAGACGGUCAACAACUACUUCCUGCUCAGCCUCGCCGUCGCCGACCUCAUCAUCGGCGUGGUCUCCAUGAACCUUUACACCACCUACAUCAUCAUGAGCCGCUGGGCUCUGGGCCAGGCCGCGUGUGACCUGUGGCUGGUGGUGGACUACGUGGCGAGCAACGCGUCCGUCAUGAACCUGCUGGUCAUCAGCUUCGACCGUUACCUGUCCAUCACGCGCCCGCUCAAGUACAAGGCGAAGCGAACGACCAAGCGCGUGGCCCUCAUGAUCGGCCUCGCGUGGGUCGUCUCGCUCGUGCUCUGGGGCCCGGCCAUCCUCUUCUGGCAGUACGUCGACGGCAAGCGCACCGUGCCAGACAACGAGUGCUUCAUCCAGUUCCUGUCCGUGCCGGCGAUCACCUUCGGCACGGCCAUCGCCGCGUUCUACCUGCCCGUGACCAUCAUGACGGUGCUCUACUGGCGCAUCUACCUGGAGACGCAGAAGAGAACACGGGAGCUCGCCGGGCUGCAGGGCUCUCAGUUCGAGUCCAGCAGCCGCAUCCUCACGCAGCCCGGCAGCUCGCGCCAGUCGAGCACGGCCGAGGGGACGGCCACGGACGCGGACCCCGCCCAGCCGGGACAAACCAAGCGGCCCUCCAAGUACGGCCUGCUCAAGCGAGUGAAGUCCAUAAAAUCGCGGGACGGCCGGGACCGAGCGCGCAAGGUGAAGUGGAACAGCGUGCGCGAGGGAGACCCCUCGCCCAUCCAUUCCCUCUGCUCCGACGAAGACGACGACCCUCCGCCGCAGAGGCCCAAGGCCAUCUUCUCCAUUGUGCUCACGUUCCCCGGCCACAAGGCCAUGCUGCACUCGCCAGAGCCGUCGGACGAGGAGGACACGGACGAGGAGCGCAGGACGCGGGGUGCUCGCGUCGCCAUGUCCAUCGCGAGCAAGAUGAUCGCAGCUUCCGCCAUCGCCGUCAAGGUGCCCGCCGCAAACGCCGCAAACGCCGCCGGCAACGCCAACUCCAAGAACGCCAACGCGACCGUGGGCCCCGAGAAGACGAACGGAAAGUGCGAGAAGGACGGCAGCGCCGCCGAUGCCGCAGCCGCAGCCGUCGCCGCCGCCGCCGCCACGACCGUCGCCAACGACUCGGACGCCGCCACCACCACUUCCGGUGCCGCGACUGGCGCCGUCGUCGCCGCCAACGGCCACGACGGCGCCAUCGCCUCGCCGGCGGCGAACGCCACCGCUGUCGCCGCCGCCACCGCCACACGCGACGAUCGAACGGAAGCCAACGCGGACAACUGCACACAGCAGCAGCAGCAGGGAGCGACAGGGGCCGAGUCCCCAGACGGGGAUGACACAGCCGCCCCGCCGGCCAACCCGGACAAAGCGGCGAGCGACGCGGAGAGCGCCCCCCCGGUGCGGCUGCCCGGAGGCAUCACCCUGAAGGAGGCGGUGGUGGCCAAGCAGUUUGCGGCGAAGGCCCGGAGCCGCAUCACCAAGCGGAAGCGCAUCACGCUCAUCAAGGAGAAGAAGGCAGCCAAGACUCUGAGCGCCAUUCUGCUGGCCUUCAUCAUCACCUGGCUGCCGUACAACAUCAUGGUGCUGGUGUCGACGUUCUGCGACAACUGCAUCCCGAAGGUUUGGUGGCGCCUCGGCUACUGGCUCUGCUACGUCAACAGCACCGUCAACCCGAUGUGCUACGCGCUGUGCAACAAGACCUUCCGAAAGACUUUCAAAUGGAUACUUCUGUGUCAGUGGGAGCGGUGGAAGACACAGGGUUACCUAUUCCCGCACAUGCAAUCCAUCAUUACUGGCAAAAGAUCAGCCACCAAUGGUAACAGAUAGGUGCCCCUGGCCGUAACUUGAUGUAGUGUUAUGCCCCUUUUUUGUGUGCAAUGGAAAAAAAUAUAUAUAUAAAAAGAAAAAAAUACGUGGCAAAAUAUGAAUGCAUACUUAUACAUAUGCACAGUAUAAGCCAUGUCAGGUUUAUUUUUUUGUGUGUUCACACAGUAAUAUGUUGCCUUUGUCCCGUUUCAAAAUGACACCGGUAUAUAUUGUACAAUGUAAACUAUUGUUCGAAGAAUAAGAAAAAAAAAGGAUAAAAAAAGUGUGAAAAAUCACUUCCAUACAAUGUUGUGCUGAUAUGAAGUGGUACAUUUUGUACAUGGUUCAUAUUAAAAUGUUUAAAU